AAAACUUGGUUAGAUGGACAGUUUUUGCAGUGUUGGGAAUGCCUUAAUAUUUGAAAUAAUAAACUUGGUUUAUUUGCAAUAAACUCCUUUUUGGGUGGUACUUAUAUCACAGGAGAAAAAAAUAUAYGGUAGUUGAUAAAUGUAUACGGUUGAACUAAACAACAUAGGAAAUUACUUUUUAAAAGUGUACUUUGACUACUUUUACUAAUAUUCACUUAACUAUUUUUCAGAGGAUUUUUAUUGUUUAAUUGCAUAACUACGAUGAAAUAUUAAUGAUUUACUUCAUCAUGAAAGGCUUUGGAUUAUUUUUGCAUCACCUAGGAUUGGGCAAAAUCAUAUUGUUGGUAAUUAAUCAUCAGUAAAACUGUCAGUUAGUAUUUGCCACUUGGCGACAUGUUUUUGUGUAUGACACAUUGUCACUUCAGUGAUCCCAAUGGUAAAGGCAGCGUAGRGCAGCUAACACUAAUUCUAAYCCUACAAACUUGUUUAAUCACCUGAAACACCAACAUAAACUGGAGUAUAAGGAAAGCCAGGAAAAGCAAACAAAGGCCACAACGUCUGCUACAUAUUAGAGGCAACUUAGGAAAUAACUCGUUUUAAGUUGGAUCUUUUUGCACAUUGUUAGAUUUAAUUUAAAUUUAAAAAAUAAAAAUUAAAAGUAACAAGUUGGCUGAAUGUAUUUUUUGAAUUUGUUUACUUUUGCYAUUUCUGACAAGGACUGGCUUGAUUACUCUCACAACCAAUUUUUUUCCCCAAGACAUCUCUUAUUGUUUUACCAAAAAAAAAAAAAAGGCAUCUCUCCAUUUCCUCCUAGAACUCCAUUCYCAAGGUUUAAGAAAGUACACUCCCAGUUCAAGUCACCACUUCAAGUAGCAGAUAGUCCUAAAGAAGAGGUGGCAGAGCUACAAAAGAAAAAGGAGCAGCUGGAUUUAGAGAUAGCACAGCUGGAGGCAGAAGGAUAUAGUGUUGAAGAGCUGGAGGAUCAUAUUGAUAAGCUGCAUGAAUACAACGACAUCAAAGACAUUGGACAGUCACUUCUAGGUCRUAUUGCUGCUCUGAGGGGGACCACCACACGAGAUCUCUACUCACACUUUGGUCUUGAACUGGAUGACUGAUGAAGAGAGCGGAGGGGGGGUCAGAAGUUAAAUGUUGUGAAUGCUUUGUCAGACCAAUGAAGGAGGGCCAAAGAAUGUGGGAAUGUAACAGACUAGUCCAACAUGCAGAUGUGUUCUUAACAAACAUGCAAGCUAUUCAAUCUUUAGCAGAUUGCAGGUGACAGUAGGUUUUUGUCCUUUGUUCCAUGUGUCUGUCUGGAGUGGUUUUGUAACUUUGACAGAAGGUUUGUAUAUUUUACGAGAUUGCUUAAAUAGUUUUGUGAAAAGUGUGCUAAAAUACAAUUAAUAUAUUUUCUUUAGAGCUUUAUGAACAGAAAAAUAUAGUUUAUUGUCUAAGUGUUAAGCCAUACCAAUACCUCGUGUCGUUCUUUUGGCACCACUUCUGAUAUGUAAUAAAACACAUUACUGAUCAAAUUACAAAUUGCACUAUCUUCCUAAUUUUUUUUUUCAGCGGUGGAGUUUACAAAUGCAAUGAUUUGCUUUAAAUGACUGCUUGUGUGCACCAUUUGGCUUUUAUCAUCAUGCAAUGGCGUUUUCAUUUUAACGCGUUUGUAGGUCACAGUUCACUAUUAUAUUUUUGACAACUGUGCAAUCACCCCUGUUAUUCUCUCAUAUGAGUCAGACUUUGUUCAUGUAUGUACAGGUUUAACUUUGUUCUUGUACUCUGUACAGGAUUAAAUGCUGUUCAAAGCACUUUUUGAAUUCUAGGAA